AUGUCCGGGGAACGCAGCCUCUCGUCGAGCGCGAAAGCUCGAAUGGAUCGCGGGAACGGCGUCGGCGUCGGCGUCGGCGUCGGCGCCGACGAUCAAGGCACCGCGACGAGCCUUCAUGCCGGCGCUACGCUGAUGAAAAGCGUCUCGAUCUUCUUGAUGAGCGGCCGUAAAGCCUCCGUGAACAGCAACAGGCAGAUUUCCGGUAGCCCGAAGCACCAGCCGCGAAGAAAGCAUCGCAGAAGGAUGCCGGUCGCCGGAACCGCAAGAACAUCGGCGCACACGGUUAAAUUGAUGGAGUUGUUGAAGAGGAAAACGAGGUUCUCCUGGUCAGAAUUGGACAAUCUGUGCAAACAGUACAAAAACUUGAUUAGUUCUGGACAGCAACAAGUUGGACAACCUGCUAUUAUCGGGAGGAGGACUCAGUCGAGUCAAGCCAUAGAGGGUAUUGACAGAGUGAUUUUUCGCGAGUUGCUGCACAACACGUUCAAGGUAAUCACCGAGGACGCGUUGAUGGAGCGUAUAUUUUGUUGCUGGGAUAGAGAAAACGAAGGGAUCAUUAGGUUGGAACCAUGGGUCAUGGGACUGGAUCUGUAUCUUCGCGGCAGUCUACGGGAAAAAAUUGAAUUUUGCUUCAAAGUUUACGAUUUGAACAACGACGGGUUCAUCACGAAAGAUGAAAUAUUCCAAUUAUUCAAAAAUUGCUUACUGAAGCAACCAGGAGAGGAGGAUCCCGACGAGGCAGUGAAAGAUCUGUCUGAACUGGCGUUAAAGAAGCUGGACGUGGAUAGAGACGGGAAGAUAUCUUUUCAGGAUUACAAGGUAGCUGUGACGGAGGAACCUUUGCUGCUAGAAGCUUUCGGCCAGUGUCUGUCCACGGAUGAGAACUGCGCAGCUAUACUAGCCUCGUUACGAUCGUGAAACAAUACGAUCCGCUGAUCAUCAAGAGCGUUUCGAUCACGUGUUUCGCUCGCAGCUCUGCUGAAAAAGAUAACAAGAACAGCAAUUAAUCGCAGCGAAAAGUGAAAAUACACCGAGAGGAUUCGUAAUCAUGGCACCUGCCGUUUAUUAAAAACAAAUUCGAUAGUAAUCGUAAA